CCUGUUUCAGGAGUGAAGUGACCAUGUUCCUGACAAACAUCCUGCGGAAAGGCAUAUCGGGUCGUCAGUGGAUUGGCAAGUACAGACGGCCUCGGGUGAUCACAUGGUGCAUGAAGAAGAAUCUGACUGAGAGGUUGGCGAUAGAAGCCGAGACGGAGUAUUGGAUAAGCCGGCCCUACAUGACCAAAGACCAGGAGUUCCGCCAUGCCGCCGAGCGGAGGCAGAGACAGUAUGAGGAGGUGAAGGCCCAAAAACGGGCCAAUUUCCCCCCACACAAAUACUUGGGCGAGCACUUGAAUCACCUAAAUACUACCAAGAAAUGGACUAUCUCGUGAUUGGUUUAUUCUCAGUGG